AUGUUGAGAGUUGGUGGUUUUAUUAACUGCUAUUCUGGUAAACAGUUUUUUCGUUCAUUUAUUGCACAUCAUCGGAAGACUAGCAUUUUGCUGCAGUUUUCACUCAUACAUUCGCUUUCCAAGAAGUGCCUUUUCAAAACUUCACCCUUAAUAUGCUUGCCAUUACGCGAGCUGACGCCAUCGUUAUUGGGUCAUUUCUUUAGCUCAUGUUCGGUUCUGCGUGCAGCAAGCAAUGAAGGUGAUGAUCGAGGUAAAGAAGAGUCGUCAAAAGAGCCUGAUAAUAGAAGAUCAAGGAAAAUUUUCACGGGUUUGUUGAUUGGAAGUGUAGUAGCAACAGUAGUGAUGUCAGCUUUAGCAGGCGUAUGGCAGACAAGGUAUGCAAAUCAGCUGACGGUACAUGACUUUCUGACCUACAUAGUGCCAUCAGGACAGAUUGAACAAAUAGUAAUGACUGGAAAUUUCGUUCGUGUUAUUAUGAAACCGGGUCCAAUGCAGAAUAUCCCGUUCAGUGAGCCAGGUAUAGGUUGGCAAAAAGUGUAUGUGUUGACAGCUAUGGAUCCUAAAAGAUUGGAAACUGAUAUACGCGCGGUAGAAACUACCUUAGGAAAAGCACCAGAAGAGUGGGCACCGGUUGCUGUUAUCGACACUUCAAUGCAAGGAUUUCUGUACAGUUCAUUUCAAGAUGUGCUUGGUCUAAAAAUGAAGCUCAAUAUAAUCACACCAAAUGAUAUCGCUCAAAAAAUAAAGUUCAAAGAUGUUGCGGGUUUGCAUGAGGCCAAAAUUGAGAUUAAAGAAUUUGUGGAUUAUCUCAAACGUCCUGAAAAAUAUAUGAAAAUGGGAGCUCGUCUGCCGAAAGGUGCAUUGCUUACCGGUCCACCUGGAUGUGGGAAGACAUUUUUGGCAAAAGCCCUUGCUGCCGAAUCUUCAGUGCCAUUUAUUUCGAUGAAUGGCACUGAAUUUGUUGAAAUGAUUGGAGGUUUGGGAGCAUCCAGGAUCAGAAAUUUGUUCAAAACAGCAAAGAAAAUGGUACCUUGCAUUAUUUAUAUCGAUGAAAUAGAUGCUAUAGGACGCAAAAGGAGUCAAAGCGAAGCUGCAGGUGGUGGAAGUCGAGAAGAGGAACAAACUUUGAAUCAGUUACUCGUAGAGAUGGAUGGAAUUGAUAGUGGUCGCGGUAUCGUUUUACUUGGUUCAACAAAUCGUGGCGAUAUAUUGGAUAAGGCUCUUCUUCGCCCUGGUCGAUUCGAUCGACACAUCGUUAUCGAUCUUCCUACCGCUUUGGAAAGGCAAGAAAUGUUCGAAUUAUAUUUGAACAAAAUUAAGUUGGAUCAUGAACCACAAUAUUAUUCUAAAAGGCUUGCUCAAAGAACGCCAGGAUUUUCAGGAGCAGACAUUGCAAAUGUGGUAAAUGAAUCAGCUAUUCGGGCGGCGUCAUCAAAGAAAAGUAUGGUGACUAUAGAUGAACUAGAUGAAUCAUUGCAGAGAAUUCUUGCAGGUGCAGAAAAAAGGAGUCGAUCAAUGGUAGAAGAAGAACGUGAAAUCGUAGCGUAUCACGAAUCUGGUCAUGCUUUGAUUGGAUGGUUGCUCGAGCACACUGAUGCCUUGCUAAGGGUUAGCAUUAUUCCACGAACAAGUGUUAAACUUGGUUUUGCUCAGUACAGCCCACGAGAACGAAAAAUAUUAACUAAAGACGAGAUGUUUGAUCGUAUGUGCAUGCUCCUUGGAGGUAGAGCAGCAGAAAAUAUUAUUUUUGGACGUGUUACUACAGGCGCUGAAGAUGAUUUAAAAAAGGUCACAAAGUCAGCAUAUGCACAAGUACAACUGUAUGGAAUGAGCGAAGCUGUAGGCCCCCUCAGUUUUCCAAUAAUGGAUGACAGUAAACGAAGCGAGUUGGAAAUUUGCAAAAAACCUUUUAGCAUGAAAUUGCAACAUCUAAUUGACCAGGAGGCUUCUAAAUUAGUUUCGAAAGCAUACUUUACUGCAGAAAGCAUUUUAAAGGCAAAUGAAGAAAAACUGAAAAAGCUGGCAGCUUCACUAUUGGAGAAAGAAAUGCUGAGUUAUGAAGACGUUAUACGGUUAAUUGGACCCCCGAAAUUUCCAAAACAGGUAGUAGAAUUAGCUGAUCAUGUCUUACCAAACGUAGAGGAAUCAUAA